GGAAGGCGGUAAUACUUACGUUCCAUAUACUGGAAUGCUAAAAUCUGUAUAUAAGACCUUCAUCCAGCCAGAUAACUGUAUUGUAACUUAGACUUCUAGAUAAUCUAAUGGGAUCACAUGUACUACUCUUGACACUAUACUUUGAUAGUGCUUUAGGGUGGCACUCUCGGGGCUACAAUCAUCGCCCGCGUCGACGUUCGGCGGUAUCAGGCGCCUCAUAUGCUAUUCUGACGCCGUCCGAACUUCCGUCUUGGUCGUGGAUAGGGUGGCAGGAAAGGAUCACCACAGACCACUGCGAUGGUGCGCGUAUUCUAGGCAAAUCAAAUAAUACCCGGGAAACCUUUCCCAUUACCACUUGGUUUACAGCUAAAUUACCGACAGCCGUAGCGUCUGAAAGGCGCCGCAUCUUAUCCACGUGGCCCGAGGAUAGAAUACGAUAUAAAGAUCUCAGCAGGUCCUUACCUCCAGGCUGGCAACGCCACAAUCCGCCCAAAUUCGGCCCUCAAGUUAGACCAAUCGUCUAUCCGGAUGGAUGUGGACAGUAUGUUUUUAGUAACGAGGCAAUGAUGAAAAACAGCAACGAAAGAGAAGGGCUCAAUAAUUUGUGGUACUACCCAGUGCCAAUCGCCGAAAUUUCUGCAUCUACACCGCCUUUCAUACCCGAGCAAACAGCAUACCUAUUCUGUGAAACUUUCAAGGUUCGUCUAUUGGCUGUUUACGGCAGAUUGGGGGAUACGCUAUAUCUUUACGACGCAGCAAAAAAGAUUAUAGGAUUUUUGAUCCCCCCCUUACCUCCCGAACUUGCAACACUCCCCCAGGAACGGAAAAAAGAGGUCGAAUUAGUCGCAAUCUCUCGAAUUAAAAGAUAUGAAGUACCCUACCUUUUCGAAGAGGACCGCUUCGCUUCUUAUGUAACGACUUCUGAACACAUAGCUGUACUCUAGGUAAAAUAGAUUGACGGAGUAGCAUAUCGUAUCUCCUAUAGAGAAGUCAAAAAGAAUGAAUGGGAUAAGCUACCAACCGAGCGUAUUGAGUUGAUCCUGGGGUAAUAUCGGGGGUUAUUAGAACCGAUCGAUAGAUGACCUCUUGAUCAGUAGUUAUUAUGUUGUUUGAUGCUACUUUGGUUCUCCUUUGAGUUACAUUACCAAGAUAGUGGCGUCCAUUAUUCUCAAAGAUAACAGAAAAGAAUUUGGAAUUCCGUCAUAAGAUCCUUACCCUCGAGCAAGAGGAUAUCCCAAGAUGUCAGCGAACCUGAGAGAGAAAUUCAAAAUACUGAUAGUAUCUUCACUCGCUUGAUACAGUCUAG